UGCUUUACCCGCCACUCUCUUGUCUCUCUACAGAGCUCCGCGACCGCAUCGUGGAUCUAUGUGCUAAACUGCCCGAAUGGUGGAUAAUACUUUCCAACCUUGCCCUCGCCGACCGCGCGUUCACAUACAGAUGCCAUGUUCAUCUCUUCACCGAGUUGGCUCUGGAUGACGAUUUCGGCCCCAAGAAGAAGCUCAGGAAGCAGAUCGGGCAGAAAUGGAAAAUCCUUAGUUCCAAUCCUUCUUUGGCGAAGCUUGUACGAGUCAUCGACAUCAAAGCAUCGGAUCCUCAAUUAUUCGGCGAACGCAAUUUCACCAACAUGUUGGAGCUAUUUCAAGUCUCUCCUACUCCUCCACACACCAUACGUAUCGAGAAACGCGAUGAGGCAAACGCCCAACCAGGACGGUUCGCUGCAGGUCUCGAGCAAUUCUCCCUAUCCCAAUCCCUGACAACUAUCCACCUCGACGGUUGGGCUAAUGUCCCAUUAGACAUCUUUCUUGUCUGCUCCAAACUGAAAGUGGUCAACCUCGAGAGUAUCGAGUUCGACCAAAAGCAAACGAAUACUCGCCCUAACAACUAUCCACCAAAGAUAGAGCACUUGUGGGCUCGAAACUCGGACCAACUCCUCAAUCGUUUUAUGCAGAUAAAAAGUCCAGCUUUUGCUGUCGUCGAUUGGUCAAAUUUACGAAUUCUCCACGUCUCUCCUCACGAGCGCAAGACGAUGGCUCUUGUUCAGCGCAUCCUUGACAUGACGUCUAACACAUUGGAGCAACUUUUCCUUACUGUCUUAGGUUUCUCUGACAUGCCAGACGGAAAACGACAAUUUCCUCUCUCAGCCAUCCUCAACCUCGAGGCAAUGGCAAAUCUACACGUGUUUGAGGUAUUUGCAGUUAUCAAUUGCAAGGCCAAGAAGCAUACAGUUCUGAAGGACCUAGGCAGCACCUUGAGCUCCCUUCCACGCUCGAACAGCUUGAAAGUAUUCUCGCUUGAGCUGGAAUUUUUCGGAAAGAAGCCGUAUCAAGGGUGUCUCGACGAAGAUUGAG